AAAAGGGAGAGAGGUGAACUCAAAAUUUACAUCCGCCAGGGCUACACAGGCGGAUCUUAAAUAUUACCAUAACUCACCACCCAGGCAUAGCAUCAAAACAUUGUCUUUUGCCUUUUAUCUUUUUCUGUGUCUGGUGCUAAUCUACGGAAAGCACCUGAUAGUGAAUUCAGGAAGGGAUGGCCCAUGGUGCUUACGGGAAGCGCAGGGUCGCCGAACGGAAGCCUCAUCUGGGGCGGCGAUCCAAGGGAAUAGGAGUAGAGAAGAAGUCAAAGCCCAAGUCUGUGUCUCUUAAGAACCAGAUUCGCUCUAUCGAGCGUAUGCUCCGCAAGGAACUUCCUCCAGAAGUCAGAGAGGCGCAAGAAAAGAAGUUAGAAGGACUUCAGAAACAACAGGAGAUUCAUACACGUCUGGCAUUGGAACGCAAAAUAUUCUUGCAAGAUAGGAAGAUAAAGUUUUUCGAGAGAAGAAAGAUAGAAAGAAGAAUUAGGCGCCUGGAGAAAGUGCAACGAGCUUCAUCUGGUCAGGCGCAGGAUGUAGAGAUUGCGGAACAGCUUUCUAAAUUGAAAGAAGAUCUUGAAUAUGUUAGGUUUUUUCCCAAGAGUGAGAAAUAUGUAUCUUUGUUUAAUGGAGGUGACGAUUCGAACAUAGUUGAUAGGAGAAAUGGAUUGCGUAAACAGAUUAAAGCCAACUUAAGUGCUGCUGCAGCUAGUGGGAAGGAUUUGGAAGAGACAGGUAGUGAGGAUGAUGGGCUUUUGGAUUUGAGUGAAGAUGAUUUCUUCUUAACUGGAACUUCAAGUGAUGAAGCAGACGCAGAUGAUGAAUGGACUGAUAAAAGUACAAGGGAACAUGCUUCUAGUACUUCUGGCAAAGCAGCAUCUGGUAUGUCCAGUGAUGAAAGGAACCAGAGGCAGAUGUCUGCUAGAGCUCUAAUGCCUCCUCCUCGGCCUUCUAGCAACUCUCUUUCAAAUUCAGUGCAUGCUCAAUUGAGGUUUGGGGCAUCAUCAAGCAAAAAUUCAUGGAUGGAGAGGUCUGAAAUUUCUACAUCCAGCAAUACAUCAAGUAGCAGAAGUGGAUCUUCUUCUAAGGCGGGGGGGUCUUCAAAUACAAGGACAGGUCAUAGUAGUAAUCUAAGUUCUAAUUCUGAUGCUCACAAGCCCCGAAGGAAGAGGAGGCCAAAGAAGAAAAAGCAACAGGUAUAUUUUUUAAAUUAAUUGUACCCCAUUCAAAUAUUUUUGGUAUUUUCUUUUAAUAUAUUUUUCCUCGCAUUGCACUUUUGCCAUCUGUGUCAUUCAUAUUUGUUGAAAUGCUAAUUCAUCUCAAUGAUCAUGGCUCCUGUCAAUAGCGAUAAUUAGAAAGUCGAUCUUAGCAUGUUGCUCACUGAAUAUUGUGUGAUAAUAUGUGUGGUGGUUUGUAUUCUUUGCUGUGAUAUUUUACUUUUUGCUGUAUGAUAAUUUGUUUUCUCCUUCAUUUGCAGGCAUGAAUUGGAUGAACUCAACAUUUAUUUAACUUCACCAUAACCGAUUGAAGUCUAUUAUCACAAGACAAUAAUGAAAUAUUUAUGGUUCUGUUUUAACCAUCAAACAUUUUUCAUUUUUUGUGGGUAGAUAGUCAGAAGUCUGUACCUAUUGCUCUCUGGAACUAUCAUUUCAACAAAUCCCUACAAAGGUGCUAGGUUUAUGUGAGAAUUCUUUCAACAGUUGCUUGUAUAAAGUCUUUCUCAUUAGCAUGGACUUCUCAUUCUCUUUUCCUAUUUAGUAUCUUUUCAGAAUGAUUUUUGAGACUUCCAUGAGGCAGGUAAAAUUACUUUGUUCAGAGGGAUAAAAAGGUCCAGCACUCAUGAUUUGCCAUUAUUUCAUGAUAUUGAUUUACAAAUGAGAAGUCUUUCCUUUUAUUUAUUUUUUUUUUUUCGAGCUCUAUAGACGUGAAUGUUGUUUUUCUUAAUAAUCAAGCAUCAAUUCAGACAAGGAAUCUGGAUUUGGGUUUUGAGAAUUGGCUGUCACUGGCUGAAGUUUAGCACUUAUGGUGUGCUUAGUGGCAUGAUGGCAUUGUUUUGUUCUUUUUAAUUAUUGCAUAAAUCUUGAAGUUGACCCGUAGUGAAAUUCUCAAGUAUAUUGUUGCAGCAUUAAGUUUGAGUUGAGCAUGGAGGCUAGAGUAAUCCACAAUUUCAUACGUUUCCUCAAGUUCUGAGGCCUGGCUUUGGAGUCCUCAAACUUCAAUGAUUAUGUGGAGAUGAUGGAUGUAUAGUUUCAUGAAUGAUAUUCAGUGGUCCUAGCAGGGGCCAAAAAUUCCUUGUGAUAAAUGUAAACCAAUCAUUUCUUACAUGCUUUUGUUAUGCGAAAAAGAUUCACAUA